AUGAAAUUAGAACUUACUGUUAUUAGGGAAUGUGGAUUUAUCAAUGAUGAAAUAUUUGUUGAGCUGGUCAAUGCACUUGGUCAAUAUAGUGAUGAUGAAGAUGAUGAUGGAGAUGACAAUCCUGAUGAAAGAGAUGACAAGCAAAAAGAUCGGGAAGGUAACAGGAUGGAGAAAGAAAGCCACCCACCUCGGAGGUUUCCAUCUGACAAGAUAUUUGAAGCCAUUUCCUCAAUGUUUCCAGAUAAGGGUACAGCAGAAGAAUUGAAAGAGAAAUACAAAGAACUCACUGAACAGCAGCUUCCAGGAGCUCUUCCUCCUGAAUGCACACCAAACAUAGAUGGACCAAACGCUAAGUCUGUUCAGAGGGAGCAAAGCCUACAUUCUUUUCAUACACUCUUCUGUAGACGCUGUUUUAAAUACGAUUGCUUUUUACAUCCAUUCCAUGCAACUCCAAAUACUUACAAAAGAAAGAAUACAGAAACAGCAUUAGAUAAUAAGCCCUGUGGACCGCACUGUUAUCAGCAUCUGGAAGGUGCAAAGGAGUUUGCAGCUGCCCUGACUGCUGAGCGUAUAAAGACGCCACCAAAGCGCCCCGGGGGCCGCCGGAGGGGAAGGCUUCCAAACAACACCAGCAGACCCAGCACACCAACAAUAAAUGUGCUGGAAUCAAAAGACACAGACAGCGACAGAGAAGCUGGGAUGGAAACUGGAGGAGAAAACAACGAUAAGGAGGAAGAAGAGAAGAAAGAUGAAACAUCCAGUUCCUCUGAAGCAAAUUCUAGGUGUCAAACACCAAUAAAGAUGAAGCCAAAUAUUGAGCCUCCAGAGAACGUGGAAUGGAGUGGUGCAGAAGCCUCAAUGUUUAGAGUUCUUAUUGGCACUUACUAUGACAACUUCUGUGCAAUCGCCAGACUAAUUGGGACCAAAACAUGCAGACAGGUGUAUGAGUUUAGAGUAAAAGAAUCUAGUAUUAUUGCUCCGGUGCCUGCUGAAGAUGUUGAUACUCCUCCCAGGAAGAAGAAAAGGAAACACAGGUUGUGGGCUGCUCAUUGCAGAAAGAUACAGCUGAAAAAGGAUGGUUCAUCAAAUCAUGUUUACAACUAUCAGCCAUGCGAUCAUCCACGUCAGCCUUGUGACAGCUCAUGCCCUUGUGUUAUUGCUCAAAACUUCUGUGAGAAGUUUUGUCAGUGCAGCUCAGAAUGCCAAAACAGAUUUCCUGGAUGUCGUUGUAAAGCACAGUGCAACACUAAGCAGUGCCCAUGUUACCUGGCUGUUCGUGAAUGUGAUCCUGAUCUCUGUUUAACUUGUGGAGCAGCUGACCACUGGGACAGCAAAAAUGUUUCUUGCAAGAACUGCAGCAUUCAGAGAGGAUCCAAAAAACACUUACUGUUGGCACCUUCAGAUGUGGCAGGCUGGGGAAUUUUCAUCAAAGAUCCUGUACAAAAGAAUGAAUUCAUCUCUGAAUACUGUGGUGAGAUUAUCUCUCAGGAUGAGGCAGACAGAAGAGGAAAAGUGUACGACAAGUACAUGUGCAGCUUUCUGUUUAACUUGAAUAAUGAUUUUGUGGUUGAUGCAACACGCAAGGGAAACAAGAUUAGAUUUGCAAACCAUUCAGUGAAUCCCAACUGCUAUGCAAAAGUUAUGAUGGUUAAUGGCGAUCACAGAAUAGGAAUUUUUGCUAAAAGAGCCAUUCAGACUGGAGAAGAACUUUUCUUUGACUACAGAUACAGCCAAGCUGAUGCCCUUAAGUAUGUGGGUAUAGAAAGAGAAAUGGAAAUCCCUUGACACCAGCUACCUCUUCUUAUAAGCAUACAGCUGCCUUAUCUUCAGGAAAAUCUAGUACUGUGGGCAAUUUAAAAAAAAAAAAAAAAAAAAGCUAUUUGAAAUUCUGUGUUUGCAAAGUACUGUAACAGUAAUUUAUAGCAACCAAUUUUAAAAAAAAACUUUUUAUUGCCUUCUCACCAGCUGCAGUGUUUUGUACCUAUGACCUUUUGCAAUAAUGUGGUGUGGUGCAUUUUUCAAUCUUGAAUAAAUGAUACUUGAACUUCUUCAUUUUUAUGGGAAUGGAGUUGAAAUUCUGAUUUACCUGGUUCACAAAACUUAAUUUCUAAAUAAAGGCAGUACAUACUU